UGUCUGGGUGCGGGCGUUAUCUCUUCCAAGUUUCAACGAACUCAACCUUUCUCGAUUAGCCUCAGUGUCUAAACCCUAAACCUCUGAAGAUCACAAGAACUAACGAAAAUGCUUGCAAACAUCUCUGGUCAUACAUCAUCUCCUCUACAGCAUCUACCCCUCUCAUCAUUAAAUUUUUAUUCUCCAACUACAAUAAGUUUUCGUCAACCUGUUGGUGCUCGAGCAGGGAGAGGCUUGACGAAUUCGAUUAAUUGUUCAAUUUCUCAAGUUCAUAGCUACGGUACUCAAGAUUAUGAACGAAGGCCUCCAUUGAAAUGGAGUUCCCUCUAUCGGAGAAUCUCUUUAAUGGACAAUCCCGAGCUGGGUGCUUCCUCUGUUCUGAAUCAAUGGGAGGAGGAGGGAAGGAAGCUUACGAAAUGGGAGCUUUGCCGGGUUGUCAAGGAAUUGAGGAAAUUUCGGCGAUAUCAGCUCGCCCUCGAGGUCUAUGAGUGGAUUUCUGAUCAAGGAGAUAGGUUUAGAAUAUCCUCCAGUGACAGUGCAAUCCAGUUAGAUUUGAUCUCUAAGGUACAUGGAAUUUCACGGGCAGAAGAUUAUUUCUCAGGUUUACCCAAUGCCUUAAAGGACAAACGUGCAUAUGGUGCUCUUCUUAAUGCCUAUGCCCAGGCUAAGAUGAAAGAAAAGGCAGAGUACAUGAUGGAGGAAAUGAAAAACAGAGGUUACGCUGUGCAUGCACUUCCUUUCAAUGUAAUGAUGACACUGUACAUGAACCUCGGAGAAUUUGAAAAAGUCAGCUCAAUGAUCACGGAGAUGGUGGCGAAGAAUGUUGCCUUAGAUAUAUAUUCUUACAAUAUCUGGUUAACAUAUUGUGGAGCCAUGGGGUCAGUGGAGGAGAUGGAAGAAGUUUUCACUAGGAUGAAUUUGGACAGCACUGUAAAUCCAAACUGGACUACAUACAGCACAAUGGCGACAAUGUACAUGAAGAUGGGACAGUUAAAGAAGGCUGAAGACUGCUUGAAGAAGGUUGAGAGUAAAAUUACAGGUCGAGAUCGGAUGCCUUAUCAUUAUCUUCUUAGCCUAUAUAGUAGCAUCGGCAAGAAGGAAGAGAUUUAUCGGGUAUGGGACAUCUACAAAUCAAGCUUCCCCACUAUUCCAAAUUUGGGCUACCAUGCAGUGAUCGCUUCUUUGGUAAGGCUAGAUGACAUCCAAGGAGCAGAGAAGAUAUAUGAGGAAUGGCAGCUGGUUAGGUCUACCUGGGACCCUAGGAUCUGCAAUCUUCUCAUGGGCUGGUAUAUUAAAGAAGGUUUAGUGGAGAAGGCUGAGAGCUUUUUCAAUCACGUUAUUGAAGUGGGCAAGGCAAAUUCAAGCACGUGGGAGAUACUUGCAGAAGGCCGUAUUUCACAAAAUCGAAUUUCUGAAGCUUUGUCCUGUAUGAAAGAAGCUACAUCAGCCGAGGGAGCAAAGAGCUGGCGUCCAAAGCCCAGAAAUGUGUCUGCCUUCUUUUCACUUUGUGAGGUGGAGGGCGACAUGAAAAGUAGGGAGGGAUUGAUGGAUGUUCUGAGGCAAGUGGGUUGGCUUGAGGAUGAAGCUUACAUGUCCGAAGUUAACUCAUCUGAUGGAGCAGGUGUUGGUCAUAAACUAUCAGUGAAGAGCAGUACGAUUGAUGCAGAUGAUGCUGAUCUGCUUCUCAACCAACUUCAUUAAAUCUUAUGAUACUUCUCAGUGGUGCAGGUGCUGUUAUAUGUGACCAGGCAUUGUGGGUUCACCAUCUCACUCGGCCUAGGAUUUUCCUUUUUCCCUAGUCUCAGUUUUUACUGGUCACUGGGACAGGAUGCCCAUGUGGUCAGUUGAGUUCUUAAAUAUUGAAGGAUCUUAAAAGUCCCUAUAAGCUCUGUUACACUGUCAAGGCAUGUACUGGGGACCUCAAUGCGGCAUUGAAUUUUCUUGCUGGUGCUUCAGCUUCAUUUUUCAAUGCCAAAGGUUGAUUUUCUGCUCGAUUGGUUGAAGAUAUCAUUUUUUCACAGCAAA